UUUAUCUGAGGGCAGAUACAAAAGAAUUCGCGUAGAAAUAUUUACAUAGAUACCGAGACACACAGAAAUAUAAUACCAAAAAAUAUUAUAGCAGGUAAUGCCUUAAUUUUUUUAUUUUAACUUGGAACAUUUAGCGUAAUCCGCCGUAAUUUCUUUUAAUUUUCAUUGAUCAUUUGUUAAGUGUAAUAUUGUUAGGAAUCGUAGUUAAACUGAAUGACUUUUAAACAUUGCCAAGAUUUUUUCUGUUUACUUUGAAGAGACGUAACUGUUAUUGUACAUCAAUUAAUAAGCAUAUGCAACAGUUACCAUGAAAUUAAACGCAGUAGCCAACCGACAUUACAAAGAAGUGGUAAAAGAUCUUCCAUCUUAAAAGCAUUGAGCAACGCAGACUCUACGAAAUAAUUAAGUAAUUACAAGUACCUAGUGCUAGUAAAGACCUUUGAACAAAACAAAUAUGUUUCUAGUAGCCUGUUGUUUUGUGCGUAACGGGUGCGGUUUGAAUAUUCUGGGUGUUUUUCCGGCACAUGGAUACAGUCAGUACCUGAUCGGAUCGUCACUUAUGACAGAGCUGGCAAGAAGGGGACAUAAUGUUACGGUCAUCGCACCUCAUCGACAAAAUCAAGCGAUACAAAAUUACUCUGAAAUAUAUGUAGAAGGAUUGGAAAAUUUUGAGGCCGAUUUAAACCUUUUCGAUCUUGAGAAAGAUUAUACCAUAUGGAAAGUUUACUCUCUUUACCAAUUAGGGUUGACUUUUACUGAACACACACUCGCAAAUAAGGCUGUUCAACAAUUUCUGGCGUCAAAUCAAUCUUUUGAUUUGGUUAUUUGCGAACAGUUCGCAACUGAAGCACUGUAUGGCUUUGCGUGGCAUUUCAAUGCGCCUCUUGUGAUGUUCUCCACAAUAGGCCCAUCCGAAUGGAUCAGUGAUAAAGCUGGUUAUCCACUUCCCUUUUCUUACGUUCCCCACGGGUUAUCUAAAUUCACCUCGCAUAUGAAUUUCAUACAAAGAUUUGAAAAUGUUUACGUACAUAUUUUUGAUAUUAUAUACAGAAAUAUGUUCGCAUAUCCGACACAAAAUAAAGUAGCUCAAAAAUACUUUUCUGGAAUACCUCAUUUAGACCUUAUUAUGUACAAUGUGUCACUAUUUCUUACCAAUUCUCAUGUUGCUAUAACGGAACCUGUUCCGGUUACGCCUAAUGUGAUUGAGGUUGGAGGAUUACAGAUCUCUCAUAGAAAGCUACCAAAGGAUUUGCAAGAUUUCCUGGAUGGAGCUUCACACGGUUCCAUUUACUUAAGUAUGGGUAGCAAUUUAAGAAGUAGGGAUUUAACAAACGAACAAAAAAUGGUUUUCGUCAACACAUUCUCGAAACUAAAACAAAGGGUGCUGUGGAAGUAUGAAGAAGAUAAACUUCCAUCAAAACAACCUUCGAAUGUCAUGAUAAGGAAAUGGCUACCACAGCAAGAUGUUUUGGCACACCCAAACGUCAAGGCAUUUAUAUCUCACGGAGGACUGUUAGGCAGUACAGAGGCAGCUUUUUCUGGGGUACCAAUAAUAGGAAUCCCCAUUUUUGGUGAUCAAAAAAUGAAUGUAGCCAAAUUAGUAACAAAGGGCACCACAAUUCAUGUACCAUACAAUAGUUUAAGUGAAGAGAGUCUGACAAAUGCUUUAAAUAAAAUUCUCAAUAAUUCAAAAUACAAUGAUGCAGCUAAGAGAUUAUCGAGCAUAUUGAACGAUCAGCAGACCAAGCCAAUGGAUAGGGCUAUUUAUUGGAUAGAAUAUGUUCACAGACAUCGAGGAGCACCUUUCUUGAAACCGGCAUCGUUAGAAUUGAUGUGGUAUCAAUAUUUUGCAGUUGAUGUGUUAUUAGCAACAUGCACUUUGUUAAGCAUUCCUAUUGUAAUAUAUUGUAUCAUUUCAAAAUGUAAAUAUCGAAUCAAAGACAAAUUAGAAUAAAACCUAUUUAUUAAAAUUAAAA